AUGUUAGUUUUACCGGGAAACCCUGCAUUAUCAUCUUUCAAAACUUCUGCUCUUUUAAAAAAUAUUCAAAUUCAUGUUCCAGAAAUUACUUCUAUAACAUCAAUUUAUGUUCAUUUCGUACAACCACUUAACGAAGAAGCACUUGUUAUCUUAAAUAAUCCAGAAUCAACUCAAAGAAAAAUUCUUGAAAAUUUAUUAUUUUAUGGAAUUUCCAAUAAUCAUAUUUCAAAACAUAUUUCAAAUGAUUCUAAUUAUGAAAAUUUAUCAAUUAAUCAACUUAAAAAAUGUUUAACUUCUGAUAUAACAAUUUCUGAAAAUAAUUCAAAUUUUUUUUUAGUAACACCUCGUCCUGGUACUAUAUCACCAUGGUCUUCAAAAGCCACAAAUAUUGCUCAUAUGUGUAAUUUAAAAAAUUAUAUUGAACGUAUUGAACGUGGUGUAGCAUAUUUGUUUGGUACAAAAGAUUUUACUACAAAUAUAUUUUUUAUUACUUCCGAAAAAUUAUGUUUAUUUGAUCAUUAUUUAUAUGAUCGAAUGACACAAAUUAUUAGUAAAUCUAUUCCAGCCUCUGAUUCUAUAUUCAAACAUGGAUUACCUACACCUUUAAGAAUUAUAAAUCUUUUAAAUGAUGAUGAUGAUAAAAAAAAUAUUGUAAUAGAUUUUAAUUUAGCUCGAGAAAAAUUAGUUAAAGGAAAUCAAAAACUUGGACUUGCUCUUGCUGAUGAUGAAAUAGAUUAUUUAGUUGAAGCUUUUAUUGGUAAUAAUUCUUUAGAAAGAAAUCCAACUGAUGUAGAACUUUUUAUGUUUGCUCAAGUUAAUUCUGAACAUUGUAGACAUAAGAUUUUUCGUGCUGAUUGGACGAUAAAUAAUGAAAAGAAACAAUAUUCUUUAUUUGAUAUGAUUCGUAAUACUCAUAAAAUAAAUCCAAAUCGUACAAUUUCAGCUUAUUCUGAUAAUGCUGCUGUAUUACAAGGAUUUAAGGCUACAAGAUUUGCUCCAGAUUAUAAUAAAGAAUAUGAAUACACUUUAUUCGAUGAAGAUGUUCAUAUGGUAGUAAAAGUUGAAACUCAUAAUCAUCCAACAGCUGUCUCUCCAUUUCCUGGAGCUUCUACAGGGUCAGGUGGUGAAAUUAGAGAUGAAGGAUCCGUUGGGCAAGGUUCAAAACCUAAAGCUGGAUUAACAGGAUUUAGUGUAUCAAAUCUUUUAAUUCCUGAAUUUAUUCAACCUUGGGAAAUUGAUUUCGGAAAACCUAAUCAUAUUGCUUCUGCUUUAAAUAUCAUUAUUGAAGCUCCUCUUGGUGGUGCCGCUUUUAAUAAUGAAUUUGGUCGUCCAAAUAUUAUUGGUUAUUUUCGUACUUUUGCUCAAAAAGUACCUACAAUUAAUAAUAAAUAUGAAAUUCGUGGAUAUCACAAACCUAUAAUGAUCGCUGGAGGUUUAGGAUCAAUUCGACCAAAUCAUGUUUUCAAAAAAAAAAUUACUCCCGGUGCUCAUUUAUUUAUAUUAGGUGGACCUGCAAUGUUAAUUGGUCUUGGUGGUGGAGCUGCUUCAUCUAUGACUAGUGGUGCUAGUUCGGCUAAUUUAGAUUUUGCAUCAGUUCAACGUGAUAAUCCUGAAAUGCAACGUCGUUGUCAACAAGUAAUUGAUGCAUGUACUGCUUUAGGAGAUGCCAAUCCUAUUCAGUCAAUACAUGAUGUUGGUGCUGGAGGGUUAUCUAACGCUUUACCUGAAAUUGUACAUGAUAGCGAUUUAGGUUGUUUUAUUAGAUUACGUGAUAUUCCUAAUGAUGAUUUAAGUAUGUCACCAAUGGAAAUUUGGUGUAAUGAAGCCCAAGAACGUUACGUUUUAGCUGUAACUUUAGAAAAUAUUGAAUUAUUCAAACAAAUUUGUAUACGUGACAGGUGUCCGUUCGCGGAUGUUGGUAUUGCUACAGAAAAACAAGAUUUGGUUUUGGAAGAUUCCUUAUUAAACACAACCCCGAUAAAUUUACCAAUGUCCGUUUUGUUUGGUAAACCACCAAAGAUGUCUCGUAAAACAAAUACGGUGAAACCACUACGUGUACCAUUUGACACAAGCUUGAAAAGUUACCUUACAAAUGUUGUUAGUAAUGAUGAUAUUCUUAAAGAUGCUAUUAGUAGAGUCAUUCGUUUACCUUCUGUAGGUUCCAAGUCAUUUUUAAUCACUAUUGGUGAUCGUACCAUUACUGGGUUAGUAGCUAGAGAUCAAAUGGUUGGACCUUGGCAAGUACCUGUUUCUGACGUUGCUGUCACGACGACAUCCUAUGGAAUUGGAAUCAUCACCGGUGAAUCUAUGGCAAUGGGUGAAAAGGCUCCACUUGCUUUAAUUUCACAAGCUGCAUCUGCACGUAUGGCAGUUGCAGAAGCUAUAACUAAUCUUGCAGCUGCAAAUAUUGAAUCAAUUUCUCAUAUACGUUUAAGCGCAAAUUGGAUGUGUGCAGCAAAUCAUGAUGGUGAAGGUUCUGGUCUUUAUGAAGCUGCACAAGCAAUCGGUUUGGAACUUUGUCCAGCAUUAGGAAUAAGUAUCCCGGUCGGAAAAGAUUCUAUUUUGAUUAUUACAGGGUUUGCACCUGUGAUUAAUAUUCAUAAAACUUUAACACCUCAAUUAAAUUCUAAUGUUAAAGAAAGCACAAUUCUU